GUGGCUGGGCUGCUUGCUGGGACUAAAGAGCACAGUGCUCCUGUUGGCCGUGUGUUCCAGGUCGCCAGCUGUCCUCCGGCAAUCAUGGCUUUCCCUGUGGGCUUUGGCUGGGGGGCAGCCACCGCAGCUUACCAGGUGGAAGGAGGCUGGGAUGCAGAUGGGAAAGGCCCCAGUGCCUGGGACACAUUCAGCCAUCAGGGAGGAGAGAGAGUUUUCAAGAACCAGACUGGCGAUGUGGCUUGUGGCAGCUACACUCUGUGGGAGGAAGAUUUGAAAUGUAUCAAACAGCUUGGACUGACUCAUUACCGCUUCUCUCUUUCCUGGUCACGUCUGUUACCUGAUGGGACGACAGGUUUCAUCAACCAGAAAGGAAUUGACUAUUACAACAAGAUCAUCGAUGAUUUGUUAGCAAAUCAGGUUACACCCCUUGUGACACUAUUCCACUUCGAUUUGCCUCAGGCCUUAGAAAACCAAGGAGGCUGGCUGGCAGAGGCAACCAUUGAAUCCUUUGAUAAAUAUGCCCGCUUUUGCUUCAGUACAUUUGGAGAUCGAGUAAAGCUGUGGAUCACCAUCAAUGAGCCUAAUGUAUUUGCCCUGAGGGCGUACGAUUUUGGCACGUUUCCUCCUGGUGUACCUCACCCAGGAACCGGAGGCUACCAGGCAGCUCACAAUUUGAUUAAAGCCCACGCGAGAGCCUGGCACAGCUAUGAUUCCUUAUUCCGAAAAGAGCAGAAGGGUAUGGUGUCCCUCACCAUUUUUUCUGCCUGGAUGGAACCAGCUGACCCCAACUCAGUGUCUGAUCAAGAAGCUGCUAAAAGAGCCUUGGCAUUCCACUUGGAUUUCUUUGCUAAACCCAUAUUUAUCGAUGGUGAUUAUCCGGAAGUUGUCAAGUCCCAGGUUGCCUCCAUGAGCCAAAAGCAGGGCUACCCGUCGUCAAGGCUUCCACAAUUUACAGAAGAAGAGAAGAGGAUGAUCAAAGGCACAGCUGAUUUCUUUGCUAUGCACUAUUAUUCCACUCGCCUAGUCAAGUACCAGGAGAAUGAUAAAGGAGAACUGGGUGUACUUCGGGAUGCAGAGAUCGAAUAUUUUACAGACCCGUCUUGGAUAAGCUUGGACUGGGUCUAUGUGGUACCAUGGGGAAUUCGUAAACUAUUGAAAUACAUUAAGGAUACGUAUAAUAACCCUGUAAUUUACAUCACUGAGAAUGGGUUUCCCCAGGGUGACCCCACGUCUCUUGAUGACUCUCAGCGCUGGGAGUAUUUCAGACAGACAUUUCAGGAACUGUUCAAAGCUAUCCAGCUUGAUAAAGUGGAUCUUAAAGUGUACUGUGUAUGGUCCCUUCUGGAUAACUUUGAGUGGAACGAUGGGUACAGCCUGCGGUUUGGUCUCUUCUACAUUGAUUUUGAAGAUCCAGAGAGACAGAGAGUCCCUUAUACAUCAGCCAAGGAAUAUGCCAAGGUCAUUCGAAACAAUGGCUUAGAGGGACAUCCAUAGACCAAAUUGCUGGGCAUAUCAGCUUGAGAAGAGGCCUCUGCGUUCGGAAAGAAUCUGCUUUGCUGAUCCCUCUGCCCAUCUCAAGUUGCCUUCUAAUCAACAAGUCCUCCCAGCUGGUCCAUCACUGUGAAGUCUGAAUACGAAGUGCCUGGGGAGGUAUUUAAUGAUGGCCUCUCCUCCAUGUGAAUUUAGAUCAAUGGGGCUUUGAAAAAAAAUGGAAUAGAAAACCGCUGAAAUUGAUUUGAUUUUUAUAUUAAGAAAUCAAAUAGACUUAGAAACUUCUAUUUAAAUUCUUUAAAUCAUUUUAGAAGUAAUACAAAAUUUAUUAUGAUUUGCAACUCUAACAACAGACUACUAUAAAAAUUCUUAUUUUUACAAGCCUAUUUUUUUCUGGUUACACAAGCUAUGAUUUUUUUAUCAGAUUAAUAACUUUUCUAAUAUUUAAUCUAACGUACAAAAUCAAAAUAGAAAGUCAGUCACAUUAUAUAGUUAUGAAUUCUGUUCACCAAAGGGAUUAAUUGAUAACAUUUAAUAAAAUGGAUCUGUUGACAAAUUUGGCAUAUAUUUUAUUUAUGUACUAUGAAGUAUAUCUUUCUCUUGCCUGAUGAACUUUGGCAAAUAACAUAUUAAUAAAAACAAAUUAGACUAUGAAUGCCAGAAAUAAUAUUUGAAUGUUGACACUUAGCAGAAACUGGAUUCCUACUCUACAGUGACAACAAAAUAAAAGCAACAUAAAUAGCAGGGUGUGGUCUUGCCUUUUGAGUAUUUAAAAAACAUUUAAGCCCUGGCUGGUGUAGCUCAGUGGAUUAAGCACGGGCCCGUGAAGCAAGGGGUCAUCGGUUCAAGUCCCAGUCAGGGCACAUGCCUGGGUUGCAGGCCAGGUACCCAGUAAGUGACAUAGGAGAGGCAACCACACAUUGAUGUUUCUCUCCAACUCUUUCUCAUCCCUUUGCCUCUCUCUAAAAAAUAAAUAAAUAAAAUAUUAAAACAUUUAAGAUCCAAACGGGCAUUGAUGACACCCGUGAAGACGUGCACGGAUGGCUUGACUGGGAGCACAAGCAGACGGCAGAGCCGUUCGUUCCAGCGGUAGUGGAAGCACCUGGGAUGACUAUGGGGUUGAGUGAAGCCCGAGUGUUUCUGAUCUUCAGUAAUAGGUGCAGGGCUCCUUCUGGUCUUCAUGUCUCCCCUCCAGCAAAUCCACAUAUCUGGAAUUUGGACUCUCACAUCCUUGUUUAAGUAGUAUUUACUAAACAUUCAUUUGGAUGUCAGGUUUCAAAGUAAGAGAUGAUUAUUAUCACCCCCUUUUUCAGACUGAGAAACUGAGGACUGAUGUGCAUGUUCCUGAAGUCACGUUAGGGCAUGUGUACAGGACCCAGAACCUCUUUGCAUCAGCUCUGCGCUCUGUCGCGUACUCUGGAAGUCUGCUUUGCAUCUUUUGAAUAGAGGGGGGAAAGGAGCAAAGGUCUGGAAUUGUCUUAUGCAGGGGGAGAUGGGUGAGUAAGGUGGUUUUCUGUAUUUUAAGUCUGCGUACUUGAAGAAACUGCUCAUGAGACUUUUGGCCCUGAACAGACGCUAUGUCAUUUUUUAAAAAACUGUGGUCAAUUUCUGGAUCGUUUUCAUGUUCAUAAUCGGGGGAUUAUUUACAGCAAAGAACACUGUCUCAGUAACUUUGGACAGAGUGAGAAAGAAAUGUCAUUGUAGUUCAAUAAACGUGGAUGCACUGGGGAAAAUUAUAUGAAGAUUAAAAUGGUCUACAUAGGAAAUUCUAUUACAUCUUUUAUG